AGAGAAGCAUGCUCAGGGAAGCUGCAGGGAAUGAAGAUCUAGUUGAUGUUCUUCUCAAAUUUCAACAAGAACAGGAACAAGAACAAUAUGCCUUGACUGAUGAUAAUAUUAAAGCAGUCAUUCAGGACAUGUUCUCUGCUGGUGGAGAAACAAUUUCAGGGAUUGUGAUAUGGGGCAUGUCAGAAAUGGUAAAAAAUCCAAAGGUGAUGCAAGAAGCACAAGCUGAGGUAAGAAAGGUGUUUGGUAGCAAAGGGAAUGUGGAUGAAUCCGAGUUGCACCAGCUGAUAUACUUGAAGUGUGUCAUCAAAGAAACCAUGAGGCUACAUCCAAGUGUACCAUUGUUAGUUCCAAGAGAAUGUAGAGAGAGAUGUGAAAUGAAUGGGUAUGAGAUACCACCUAAGAGCAUCGUCAGUGUCAAUGCUUGGGCAAUUGGAAGAGAUCCCAAGUAUUGGGAUGAAGCUGAGACUUUCAAACCUGAGAGGUUUCUCAAUAGCCAAAUUGAUUUUAGAGGCACAAACUUUGAAUAUCUCCCAUUUGGUGCUGGAAGGAGGAUGUGUCCAGGCAUUUCAUUUGCCUUACCCAAUAUUGAGAUGCAACUUGCUAAUUUACUUUACCAUUUUGAUUGGAAGCUUCCCAAUGGACUGAAGAAUGAAGAGCUUGACAUGAAUGAGACAUUUGGGUUAACUCUAAGAAAAGUAAAUGACCUCUGCUUGAUUCCCAUUACUCGUCGACCUUAAUAUAUAGGAUAUCUCUAGCAUAUAAAUGUCAAUUACCUAUAAAGAAAAUAAUUCCAUCUCUAGUUUCUAGCAAAACCAUAGUCAUUUUAUAAUCAACUAUCUGGUGCAUACUGAUGUCAGUGAUGUGUGCUAGAAUCCUAUAAUAUCCGAGUAUAG